AUGGCGUCAACAACCCAGAUGCCGGAUAUACCGCCGACCAUGCGCGCCUGGGUCCGCCCACGGCGGGGCCCCGCACGCAGCUCGCUCGAGCUGGUCACUGGCUUGCCCACGCCCGCCAAGCCGACGGGCUCGUCGCCAGAUGUGCUGAUCCGCGUGUCUCACGUGUCGCUGCAGUUUAAUACCGAGUGGCUGAUGAAGAUUCUGCCAAACUUGCCCCUCACCGGGCCCUGGAUCCCGGAGAUCGAGCUGUCCGGAGAGGUGGUGGCGGCGGGCGAAGGCGCGCCGGUUGAGGUGCGCAACCCGGGCACGCACGUUGUCGCCUUUCAAAGCAUCCCUGGCGCCGUGCUCAUGGGCCACGGCGUGCUGACCGAGUACGUGCGGGUGCCGGGCAGACAAGUGGCGCGCACCGAUGCCGCCAUCGACAUGGCGUCGGCCUCGGGCAUUAACGGCGCCGGCAGCACCGCGCUCAAAAUGAUCCGCACAGCAGGCGUGCGCGAAGGUCAUACGGUGCUCGUGAAUGGCGCCAGUGGAUCCGUUGGCUCAGUGCUCGUGCAGCUGUGCAAGCUACGAGGCGCCAAAGUCGUCGGCGUGGCCAGCAGCGGCAAUGAGGCCAUGGUACGCGGCCUAGGCGUCGACGAGUUCAUCGACUACCACAAGCACGACCCGCUGCCGGCGUACCUAGCGCAUCAGUAUGGUGAUAGGCCGUUCGACUUCGUGCUCGACUGCGUCGGCACGCAGGCGCUCUUUGUCAACUCGCCAGCCUACCUCAAGACUGAGGGCGCGGUGGUCAACAUCGGCAUCCUCGAGGGCAUUGGUUUGACUUUACGUAAUGUCCUCUUCAACAUGUUCCUGCCCACCUGCCUGGGCGGCGUGCCGCGCCGCUAUAUUAUGUUCAGCACGCCGCCGGCGCGCGACGAUGCCAUCUACCUGGUGCGCCUGAUUGAGGAUGGCCAUGUGCGCAUCCCCGUCGACUCCGUAUUCGACAUGGAGGAUGCCGUUAGCGCCUACGAGCGCAUUGCUACCAAGCGCGCACGCGGCAAGGUCGUGGUUAAGGUUUCCAGCGGCUAG